AUGAAGUCACGAGAAGAACAAGAACACAUUGAAGAACUCCAAGGUGAUAUUAAGAGAGGAAAGGAAGACUUGAGCAAGUUAACCACUGAGUACAAGAUACUUGAAGCUGAUAAUCAAAAACUUCAAGACGGAAUUACCGUACACAAAGCGACUAUUGCUUCAAGGGAUAGUGUCAUCACCGAGUUGAACAAAAACAUUAAAGAUAAGGAAGGCGAAAUUUCUGACUUGAAAAAGAAGUUAGUGGCCGAAGAAGACAAUUCAAAGGAUCUUGAGACACAAUUGCACGAAAAGGAAGACGAUAUUGCUGAUUUAGAGAAACAAGUCAAAAAGUUGCAAAACACCAUUUCUGAUGUCAACGCACAGAAUGAAAACACUGGCUCUACAAAGACUGCUGUUUUGACUUUGGCCAAGAAUGCAAGUGAUAAGAAGAUUUCAUUAUUGGACUCAGAGAAAGAUGAGUUAGAAGAUAAGAACAGAAAACUUGCUAAGUUGACGAAGAGAAUUGAAGACGGACUGAAUGACUCUGAUAUGUUGAAAGCACAGAAGGCCGACUACGAAAAAUCCAAGUUUUGA